AUCCCGCAGCCCGGCACCCCUGCGCUCGUUUCGUCCCGUGUGCGGCGGCCGGGGACCCCGAGCAGCGUCGCCACCCCGGGGUGCGGCGAUGUCCAGCAACAGCUUCGCCUACAGCGAGCCGGCGGGCGGCGAGGCCACGGAGCUGGGGCAGGAGGCCGCCGCCACCAUCGCCCCCGCCGGCGCCCUGGGCCUGUUCAGCAGCGACUUGAAGAAGAAUGAAGACUUAAAGCAGAUGUUGGAGAGCAGCAAAGACUCCGCUAAGCUGGACGCCAUGAAGCGGAUCGUUGCGAUGAUCGCAAAAGGGAAAAAUGCAUCUGAGCUGUUUCCUGCUGUUGUGAAGAACGUGGCCAGUAAAAAUAUUGAGAUUAAGAAGUUGGUAUAUGUUUAUCUGGUCCGAUACGCAGAGGACCAGCAGGAUCUGGCUCUCCUGUCUAUAAGCACUUUCCAGCGCGCUCUGAAGGACCCGAACCAACUAAUCCGUGCAAGUGCUUUGAGAGUUCUGUCAAGUAUCAGAGUGCCAAUUAUCGUCCCUAUUAUGAUGCUGGCUAUCAAGGAAGCUUCCGCUGACCUGUCUCCGUACGUGAGGAAGAAUGCAGCCCACGCGAUUCAGAAGUUGUACAGUCUUGACCCAGAGCAGAAGGAGAUGUUGAUCGAAGUAAUCGAAAAGCUUCUGAAGGACAAAAGCACUUUGGUUGCUGGCAGUGUCGUGAUGGCUUUUGAAGAAGUGUGCCCGGAGAGAACUGACCUGAUACACAGGAAUUACCGCAAGCUUUGCAAUCUGCUGGUCGAUGUGGAGGAGUGGGGCCAGGUUGUCAUAAUCCACAUGCUGACUCGUUACGCUCGGACCCAGUUUGUCAGUCCUUGGAGGGAGGAUGAUGGUCUGGAAGACAGUGGAAAGAAUUUCUAUGAAUCUGAUGAUGAAGAGAAGGAAAAGGCUGACCAAAAGAAGAGACAAUAUAUUAUGGAUCCAGACCAUAGACUUUUAAUUCGAAAUACAAAACCAUUGCUUCAGAGCAGGAAUGCAGCGGUGGUUAUGGCCGUUGCUCAGUUGUACUGGCAUAUAUCACCGAGAUCUGAAGUUGGCAUUGUUUCUAAAGCACUGGUGCGUUUACUUCGUAGCAAUAGGGAAGUACAGUACGUUGUCCUUCAGAAUAUAGCAACUAUGUCCAUCCAAAGAAAGGGAAUGUUUGAACCUUACCUGAAGAGUUUCUAUGUUAGGUCAACUGAUCCAACUAUGAUCAAGACACUGAAGCUUGAAAUUUUGACAAACUUGGCAAAUGAAGCCAACAUAUCAACACUCCUUCGAGAAUUUCAGACCUACGUGAAAAGCCAGGAUAAACUAUUUGCAGCAGCCACUAUUCAAACUGUCGGAAGAUGCGCGACGAAUAUUUCGGAAGUCACUGACACGUGCCUUAGCGGCCUGGUGUGUUUGCUGUCCAAUAGGGAUGAAAUAGUUGUUGCUGAAAGUGUGGUUGUUAUUAAGAAGUUACUGCAAAUGCAGCCUGCACAGCACGGUGAGAUCAUUAAACACAUGGCCAAACUCUUGGACAGCAUCACUGUUCCCGUGGCUCGAGCAAGUAUUCUUUGGCUAAUUGGAGAAAACUGUGAACGAGUUCCUAAAAUUGCCCCUGAUGUUCUGAGAAAGAUGGCUAAAAGCUUCACUCGUGAAGAUGACCUGGUGAAACUGCAGAUCUUAAAUCUGGGAGCAAAAUUGUAUUUGACCAACUCCAAACAGACAAAAUUGCUUACCCAGUACAUAUUAAAUCUCGGCAAGUAUGAUCAAAACUACGACAUCAGAGACCGCACAAGAUUUAUUAGGCAGCUCAUCGUUCCGAACGAGAAGAGUGGAGCUUUAAGUAAAUAUGCCAAGAAAAUAUUCUUAGCACAAAAGCCUGCGCCAGUACUCGAGUCGCCUUUUAAAGACAGGGAUCACUUCCAGCUCGGUACUUUAUCUCACACUCUCAACACUAAAGCUACCGGGUACCUGGAAUUAUCUAAUUGGCCAGAGGUGGCGCCUGACCCAUCAGUUCGGAAUGUAGAAGUAAUAGAGUUGGCAAAAGAAUGGACUCCAGCAGGAAAUGCAAAAGCAGAGAAUCCUACUAAGAAAUUUUAUUCUGAAUCGGAGGAGGAGGAGGGAGAGGAGGACUCUUCUGAGAGCAGCAGCGACAGUGGGAGUGAGUCUGGAAGUGAAAGCGGAGAAGACAGCAGUGCGGACAGUGAGGGUUCUUCCAGCGAGCCUGAGACCGAGAGCGGCAGCGAGUCCGGAGGAGACCAGGGAGCAGCCAAGAGCAACUCCAGAGCCAAAGGGAAAAGUGAUUUUGAAGACGGGAAGAAGGAAAAUGGGAAAAGGAAAGCUUCUAAUUCUUCCACGGCUGAAUCGAGUUCCACGGGAGAAAAUUCUUCUGACUCUGAUUCAGAAUCUGAAACAGAAAGUGACUCUGAGCCCAGAAAAGUCAUCAAGGAAAAAGAAGAAAAAAGAAAGCCAGAUAGAAGUCCUAAUACCAAAACUGUCUCACUUCUUGAUCUGGAUGACUUUAAUCCAGUUUCUGCUCCAGUCGUGCUGCCCACGCCCGUCCUUUCCCCAAGUUUGAUGGCUGAUCUUGAAGGCUUAAACUUGUCCACGUCCUCAGCAGUCAUCAACGUCAGUGCGCCUGUCUUUGUGCCAACAAAAACACAUGUGCUGCUUCAUCGAAUGAGUGGAAAGGGACUGGCAGCCCAGUACUCCUUUCCAAGACAACCUUGCAUUUUUGGUGAUAAGAUGGUCUCCGUGCAAGUAACUCUGAACAAUACGAGUGAUCAGAAGAUAGAAAACAUCCACGUCGGAGACAGAAAGCUGCCUGUGGGCUUGCAGAUGCAUGUUUUUGAUCCAAUAGAUUUUCUUGAGCCUGAGGGAUCUAUCACUGUUUCAAUGGGUAUUGACUUCUGCGAUUCCACUCAGACUGCUAGUUUCCAGUUGUGCACCAAGGAAGAUUGCUUCAGUGUUAACAUUCAGCCGCCUGUUGGAGAACUACUUCUACCUGUAGCCAUGUCAGAGAAGGAUUUUAAGAAAGAGCAAGGAAAGCUUACCGGGAUGAAUGAAACUUCCGCUGUGAUCAUUGCUGCACCCCAGAACUUUGCUCCCUCUGUGAUCCUUCAGAAGGUGGUAAAUGUAGCCAACAUAGGCGUAGUCCCUUCCGGCCAGGAUCAUGUACACAGGUUUGCAGCUAAAACUGUGCACAGUGGGUCACUGAUGCUAGUCACAGUGGAACUGAAGGAAGGCUUUACAGCACAGCUCAUCAUCAACACUGAGAAAACCGUGAUUGGUUCUGUUCUGCUGCGGGAGCUGAAGCCUGCCCUGUCCCAGGGGUAACCUGCUUACAUCUGGACUUGAGAAUCUGGCACACAACAAAAGUGCCUGGCAUCCGCUGCCGCUGCCUUUCAUUUAUAAUAAUAGCCCUUCCAUCUGGCAGUGGGGGAAGCAUACACUCUCGACAUCCUUGUCUCCUGCUUUAGAACGCUAGUGUGUGUCUGUCACGUAUGCACUACUUUCCUCCUCUUUGCUUUGCUAACCAAAGAACAUAGAUUUUACUGUCGGUUCUCUCACCUCUUGAAUCUAUCUCUGUGGCAUUUUCCCUGUCCAGCUCGUCCUUCUGGCCUCCUCUUCUCCAACAAUGAUGGACACGAAGUGGAUAUUUAAAGUUUAUUGUAAAUCAUCUCCCCUCCCCUCGCCUCACCCUAAGCAGAAAUCAGCUCAGAGAGAGAUAUGAAUAACCUCUCUGCUUUAAUGCACAAACAUGGGACAGCGUCCUUUUUUUAUAGUUAAGCGCAGAGGCACGGUCUCUGUAAAAUUUGCUUCUAUGAAUUUCUUGACGUUGUGAUUCACUAUUGGUGACUGUCAUCAUGAACUGUCUCUGAAAAUAAGAAUAAACUAGCAAAUGAAUAGCAUUCCUCUUUGCAUUCUUAAAAUGAGAAACUGUUCUUAA